UUGUGCUCCGUGCUGGGCUUCUCUGUGAUCUUCCUUCGCUGAUGGUUCUUCCUCUGCCCCGUGGACCUGAAGGCGGAGCCCAGGCCUGGUCUGCUCACCUUUGUAUCCACGUAGCCGAGCACAGUGCCCGAAAGAAGGCCUUUCGCACUACCCGAUAAAUGAACACACGGAGGCCCGCCUUAAGCUCACUUUGUCUCUCAGUUGCCAGGUCGUUGAUUAUUACAGCCCUGUUGCCCAAACGGUGGUCAGCAUGAAAUCACUCUAUCCGCAAAGCCUCAUCCACCUGUUGUGGGCAAAGUGACUCAUCACAGCAUUGAGUUAUACUGGGAUCUGGAGAAGAAAGCGAGACGGCGAGGACCUCAGGAGCAGUGGUUCAGGUUUUCUGUCGAAGAGGAAGACCCCAAAAUGCACACUUACGGUAUCAUUUAUACGGGAUACGCGACGAAGCACGUGGUGGAAGGUCUGGAACCACGGACCCUGUACAGGUUUCGACUGAAGGUCACCAGCCCCUCCGGAGAGUACGAGUACAGCCCCGUGGUCGCGGUGUCGACGACCCGAGAACCCAUAAGCAGCGAGCACUUUCACAGAGCCGUCAGUGUGAAUGACGAAGAUUUGCUGGUUCGAAUACUUCAAGGAGGCAACGUGAAGGUCGAUGUUCCCAACAAGUUUGGCUUUACCGCUCUGAUGGUCGCUGCUCAGAGAGGAUACACCAGGCUCGUGAAGAUCCUCGUUUCCCACGGCACAGAUGUGACUCUGAGGAGUGGGAGCGGCAAGGACAGUCUAAUGCUUGCAUGCUAUGCGGGACACCUAGAUGUUGUGAAAUAUCUCCGAAGACAUGGUGCCUCUUGGGACACUAGAGACCUAGGAGGCUGCACGGCUCUGCACUGGGCUGCAGAUGGAGGCCACUGCAAUGUGAUUGAGUGGAUGAUAAAGGACGGCUGUGAGGUGGACGCUGUGGACACUGGCUCGGGGUGGACCCCGCUCCUGAGGGUCUCUGCGGUCUCAGGGAACCAGAAGGUCGCCUCUCUGCUGAUUGACGCAGGCGCAGAUGUGAACGUGAAAGAUAAAGAUGGGAAGACACCUCUCAUGGUGGCCGUGCUGAAUAAUCACGAAGAGUUAGUCCAGCUACUUCUUGACAGAGGGGCAGACGCAAGUGUAAAAAACGAGUUCGGCAAAGGCGUCCUAGAAAUGGCCAGAGUUUUUGACAGACAGAAUGUAGUCUCCUUAUUAGAAGAAAGGAAAAAAAAGCAAAUGCCGAAGAAGAAGCCAUCUGUCUGCUGACUGGGGCGCCUCUUACCUCUGAAAGCCAUGUGAGACAAAGCAAAGCGGGACUUGAGCGAGACAAAAUUCUGCAUUCCUGAGGCCAGACGUUUGGUUAUUUAUUUAGUUGAAGAGUCACCGUGACUUUUGUAACAUACACCUGUUCCCACUUGUAAAUCCAGCCUUUUACCUGAGCACGAGUGGCCACGAUGUGAUCCCUGGGCGUCUGCAGAGCAGGAGCUUAUUUAUACUUGUUAUUUCUGAAUUGGAAUUCCCUCUGGAUUGGAAUCUCCAGGGAAAGGGCAGGAGCGAUGGAUUUUUGUCACAAGCAUCCCAGGCAUCUUCGAGAGGACCCUGUGAAAACGGCUCCCCAGUCAGACAUGUGAAGAGGGAAGGUGGAAGGGGCUUCUGCCCAAGACUGCAUUUCCUGAAUAUUAAGGACUAGGAAUUUGGUGUUCUUCUCACAGUCCACGGUGCUCAGCAGAUGGGUUGCAAGUGCUUCAGAAAUGGAUUCAGACUUUACGCUAAAAGCCUCUUUCAAAGAUGCCUGCAGCCAAGCUGGGAAAACAGGAUGCCCCCAAGAGAACCUACUAGCGACUUAGGUUUCUUUGUCCAGCAUAUGCUCACAAGGCUCGCAGACACAAGCUUUAUCCCAGUGAUCACAGCACUCCAUCAUGGCUGCAGUUUCGGCAAGUGUGGGGAUUCUGCCUAAUUUUUAAUAAGCUGAACCUUGCAAUGAAAGGAGAUUUUUAUCUAGAGAGCUGAUGUACUAGAUCCGGUUUGCUGGUUCACAUCUGAAAAUAGUUACGGUCCCAUGGAAAGCCUCAUCUGUCUGUCUGAACACAGAAUCACUGUGUUAAGACAAGGUGGUAAUUUGUUUAGCUACGUACGAACAGUCCAAGGAGACGGAGGGUUGCAGGGCUUGGGCAGUAGCUGUCUGGUAGAAUGGCUCCCAUUCUCGCUCUAAACAAGGGGCCGAUGCCCUCUAUGAGGGGCAGCUGGGAAAAGAAGUUCUUGGGGUUUCUAUAAAGCAACCUUCUCUGCCUGCUCUCCAAAUGUGUGCUCAUGGCCGCUGAGCUCCAGGUCAAGUUUCUUUCUGGCCUCACUUCCAGUCUCCAUCCUGGAGUGGCCACACCUUGGAAUUCCUUUCUGCAAACCCAGAUCCUCGCCAAAGCUUCCCGGCCAGAAGCCAGGUCCUUUCCUGCUGCCCUGGAGUGCUGAAGGGGCAGUCCUGGUGGGCCAGCCUCUCAGCUGUGAUGGGGCCCUGGCUCUUCCUGAAAGCCAGGCACAGCCUGCACUGGAAGCCAGGCUCUGGCCUGAGAUCAGGGGUUCCAGGGGGAAAAAAAAAAAUAACGCAGGGUUCUACCUGGGGUCUCUUGAGCUGUGUCUGGUACCAUAACCACACCCAUGGGUAGCUGGGGAACUGUUCUCAUAUAAAGCCUCCAUCCAAAAGUAAACAUCCUGUCCAGAAUCCCAUCAAAGCAUGGUUUUUCAAGUUCACUCAACUAUUAAAAGCACAACAAGCCUUCCUUCCAUGGAAAACUCAAGUGAUGGUUAAAAAACAAAACAAAAAACCCCCAUGCCCAUUACAGUGCACUGCGCUGUAAUGAGCAUUCUGCAUAAAUUAAUAAUUUACAAGUACCUGAGCAAGUAUACAGAGCACCAUAGCACAGCACAGCACCGACGGCAGUAGCUCAAAGUUCUUCAAAUCGUGGUGUUUUAAACAUUAAAAAAAAAAAAAAAUCCUAAAAGUUGGUACUAAAAAUAACUCCAACUGGAGUUGAGA